AUGCCUUCAUUUCCGGUUGUGUUUUCAGUUGUCAUCGAAGGAAGGACGCCGAUAUACACCCAAGUAACCGUUAAUGUCCGACCGGUUAAUCACAAUCCGAAAUUCGAUUCAAAUCCAUACCGGUUCUCCGUUAGAGAUAACGCUGAUGUUGGCGCCCUGCUGUACAGCGACAUGAACGUGAUUGAUGAAGACACCGGGCCCAAUGGAACUGUUGCAGUACUCUGUGAUGUCACCUCCAGUCCGCAGGCCUCGAAUAUAUGCUCCUACUUCACUCUCAGCCAAUCAAACAUCAGCGGCUUUCCGGAUCGCAGUCGGAUAAGUAUCAUCUUGGCCAAAAGAUUGGACUUUAAUCUCAACUAUUCAUUCUACCUUAUCGCCAGGGAUCAAGGCAAUCCUUCUUUGACGGAUUCCACGAACGUCAUCAUGACGGUUGAGAACUCCCAGGACUCCAGGCCCAUUUUCAUCGGCACUCCAUACUUUGUCAACGUUCCUGAACUUGGCAAUGAUUUGUCUACAAGUUUGAUGUCCUUCCAAGUGAGAGAUGCCCGUCCACCAGGGCCUGGAAAUUCGCUGCAACUGACCCUCGAGGGAGACACGAAGAACUGGUUCACCCUGGGCUACCCCAGUUUGAACGGGGACACGUACACGGUGCAGUUGAGGAGGAACAGCCCCAACAUCAACCUCGACGAAAACAGCCAGAGGUCAAGAUACGCCAUCAACAUCAAGGCCACACAAAUAGUGAACAACCAGCUGUCGAGCGUCUACAGCAUGACGACCAUCAACGUCAACAUCAUCGACAUCAACAACAACGCCCCCAUCUUCUCGCAGUCCUCCUACACAGCCAAUGUCUCCGAGGGCCUGGUCUACCUGGCCACCGUGGCCGGGGUGUCCAUCGUCGUCACCGACUUGGACCUGCAAGACAACGCCUACUUCGAACUCUCCCUCAACCACCUCCCUCCUCUUCAGCCCGGCAUCUUCCAGGUCAGUCCCACCUUUGGCCAGGGUUCAGUGGCCGCAGCCCUGCAGGUCGCCAAACCAGAAUUCAUUCGUUAUGACGUCAUGAAGACGAUGAAUCUUACCAUCGUGGCGAGGGAAACGCGGACGGCAGAGAGGAGGUCGAGUAUGGCCUCAAUAACCAUCUACAUCACCAGCCCUAACAACCACGCCCCCUACUUCCCCAACAUUCUUAACCCCAUCAGCAUCUUCGACGACACCCCCGUCUACAGUCAGAUCAGCAGUUACAUCAGGGCGCAAGACGAUGACCCUGGAGACAACGGAAAGAUAACGUACAAAAUAAUCAGCACAGAUAACAGCGAUAAAUACUUCUCUAUAGAUCCAAACUCUGGAAUCCUAACACUGAGCAGCCCACUGAGCUACAGCGUGCAGUCGACGUUCUUGUUCCAGGUGCAGGCCACAGACGGCGGCGGACUUACUGCCACCACUUCCAUCCUCAUUAACAUCAAGGACCACAACUUCAACUACCCUGUCUUUGAUUCGGACAGCUACAUCACCUACGUGCCCGAAGGCACGACUGACAUGCAGCCAAGAGUCACUGUCAGGGCCGCAUUAAGACCAAUGAUAUCAGACAGAGUGUAUUACUAUCAAUUCGGUCCCGGCAUCAGCCAACUGAUCAACACGACCUUCAGAGUCAACCCUAAUACCGGAUCCAUCACAAUGCUCCAGCCUGUUGAUUUCAAUAGAACACCUAACAAGCAGGGAUAUUUCGACAUUCCGGUGGCCUGUGGUGUUGUUAACUACCCGGAAAUUCCAAUUGGCCACACAAACGUUCGAGUCUACAUCAUGGACUCCAACAACCACCCACCCGUCUUCACCAAUCCCAAUUAUCAGAGUAUCACCAUUCCCGAGACCACGAAACCUGACACGAACGUAAUGAGGGUGACGGCCACCGACGAGGACACUGGGGACUUCGGCAAAAUCGUCUACUACAUCGAGACGGGGUCCAGAGACGAUUUUGUGGUGGACCCAUUUACGGGCGACAUCAAAGUAGCCCGCCAACCAAAUCUUAAACCCGAACAAAAUUACAACAUCACGGUCAUAGCCAGAGAUUCCGGUCAGCCACCACUGAGUGCCACCACGUUUGUUGCCAUCAUCAUCACGGACUCCAUCUCCCACAAUCCAGUUUUCAGUCCCGAUCAGUAUACAUACGUCAUCAUUGAAAGUACUCCAGCAAACACCUUAGUAGGAACUUUGAACGCCAAAUCUCAAGACAAGAGAGCCAAACUGAGUUACUCAUUUAUCUACAACACCUGGAAAGUCUACAAAAAUGAUCAAGAAGUAUCGGCUUCUGUGGCUGACUGGUUUAGCAUAGAUCAGGACAUAGGCACGAUCAAAAUAAGGAACCCACUCAUCCAGUACAGCCAAUCGGAUAAGGUGACAGUCAACGUCACCGUGAGAGUAACCAAUCCCGAUAACGUUAACGACGUCCUCUCUGCUAUUGCUCCAGUGACAAUCCUCAUCCUCCCAAUCGCUCAGUCAAGCGACAAAGUGGUAUUCAGCCCAGCGGCAGACGACUUCAACUUCCAGAUGAUCGAGAAGCAGCCGGUUAACACUCCCCUCUACAACUUUGUGGCCUUCUACCUCAAGGACAGCUCCCAGAUCAGAAAUUUCAUCCUUACGGAAAAUCCGGGCACGCCUAGAGGGUACUUCAUGAUUGACGGAUCUACCGGUGCAUUGCGGGUAUCCAAAGUUAUAAACUACCUUGACCUUCCCUCUUCAAAAAAUUUGACCUACAAGGUCAAGGCCACUGCACAGCCCCCCAGCACCGCGUAUGCCCUGGCCAACGUGACUAUCAACAUUUUACCCCUCAAUGGGGAGAAACCCAUUUUCGUUAAUGGGAACUACAUCUUCCGAGUGAACAGCACCCAACCGACGGGCACCACCAUUGGAGUCAUCAGUGCCACCUGCCCCUACGGCACGUCCCCCACCCCGGUUGUCACCUACCAACUUAUCACCCCCAGUGACUACUUCUACAUUGAUCAAAAUAAUGGCACCUUCGUACUAUCGAAGAGACUCGAUUCGGCGGACUCCACCCAGCUCCUGUACAAUCUCAUCGCCCAAGCUUACUGCGUCGACCUGAAGACCACAUCAACUGCACUCAUCCAGGUUUAUGUCACUCCCAUAAAAACACUGGUCCCCGUCUUCACGAACACCUUCUACAGAUUUCCAGCUUCAGCCGGAUACACCGGAUUGCUGGGACAGGUUCUGGCCUACGAUCCCAAUCCCUUCAACAAGUCCUCCAUCGUUUAUACUAUUCUCAGUGUGACUCCAGGACCAAGCCUUCACGAUAAACUCGACCACUGGAGUAAUUAACGUAACGUCAGUCCUACCCAAGCAAGAUAAAAACUACACCAUAGUCGUGCAAGCUGCCGAUUCGUCCAUCCCUCCGCUGACCAACACCACGAUGGUCAAUGUCGAGGUCACUCAGUUAUCCUCCACGCAUCCUGAAUUUGUGGAUUUCAAUCCUAUUGUUAAUGUCUACCAGGAACAAAACCCGAACGAUCCAGUGGUGAUUUUCAAAACGGGUGGAAAUCAAAAGGUCAACUUCACCAUGGCCCCAAAUGGAAACACCAAGUUCUACGUUAACCCCAUCACUGGCGAGCUCAUGAUUAAUGGAACUAUUACAAGAGGGGAAGUUUAUGAGAUGGUGAUAAUAGCAACCAGCGGCUUGUACAGCAGCAGCAAAGCGCUGACGGUCAACGUCUUCAGUGAAGCUCCGCCCUCAUUCAUCUGCAAACAGCCACGGCCCUUCCAACUGUUCUUGAAGAACUCGACAGGCCCCUUAGACCCCUCCCUCGGCCUCCAGACCAACACCGACUGCAGUUACGACAUGCCUGGCACCGUCUUCCUCUAUAAUAUCAAUGCUGUCAGUUACAAUGGAACGAACAUAGAUCCGAAGCGGAGCAUCUUCAGUAUUGGAAGGGAUGGAACCAUCAACGUCGGGAGCAAUGGACUGACCUACCUUGAUGAUGGCAGAUAUAGAUUAACGAUCUCCGUGAAAAAGCAGAACAGCAGUGUAGAGAACACGCUGGACACGAUAGUUAGAGUCACUGACUGGGAUACCAUGGCUCCGAAGUUCGACAGCACGCUGGAGCAGUGCAGAGGAUCUGGGCUCAUCGUUAAGACUGGAAUCCUUGACCUCACCCCAUUCAACACCCCUGUCGUCCAGCUAUUGGCCGGGGACUGUGACCCGCCCCCCUUCCGUAACAACGUCUACCAGAUCACGAGCACCCAGCCCAAACAACUCUACACUGACACCUUCUACGGGGAAAACUCCGACUACACGGAUAGACUAGCAUUCCACAUGAAUCCGGAUACUGGGCUCGUCAGCACGAAUUAUCCGGACUUUAGAAAUUAUUACAGGAGUUUUUUCGACUGCGAUGUUAGCGUGAGAAGAGCUUCUGCCAGUGAUGUAACCAGCAAUGCCAAGUUACUGGUGUACAUUUUAAGAGAAACUAGCAAGUACAAAAUUAUCUUCAACAAGUCGUCAGAUCAGAUCAGAGCUCUCAACCAGUACCUUACUGAUCAGCUGAAUGCUCCGCUGAAGGCAAAGAAAUAUGAAUUGAUUGCAGACCCGGUGAGCACCUACAUAGACGAUAAUGGCAACAGAUUUGCCGACAAAUCUUCCAUGUGCUACUUUAUCUUGGACAACAACCUCUCUCCGUCCAUGCCGAUUACGGACGCCAGCACAGUGGCCAGCAUCAUGAAUGGAAUCAAUGUGUCCAAUGUUGACAAAUUCGCCGAGAGUUGUUUUUCACGCCGAAACAUGACAACGAAAUGGUGGUCUGACAAGUGGUUCCUCUGGUUCAUCCUCAUCGCGUUCUCCAUACUCGUCUUCGUCGUCGCCCUCAUCCUGUCCUGCUGUGUCUGCUUCUACUGGCCCAUGAACGUGAAGAAAAUAUCGAAAGCGAGGCCAUAUGUCGUUCUUGACGAUAGGCCCAUGUCGGCAGCUGGUUCUGUCUUCGACUACGGAGGAUGAUAGAGUUCCACUGACCUACUUUCUGAAGAUCUGAUUGGCUGGCUCUAGUAUUUUCUGUGGAAUUUGAUAAUGGAAUGAUUAAUUGGUUGAUUGAUUAAUUGGUUGAUUGAUUAAUUGGUUGAUUGAUGGAUUGAUUGAUGAACUGGUUAAUUAAUUAGUUGUUUAAUUGAUUAAUUAAUAUAGAUUGAUUGAUUUUGAACCACUAAUCUCAAUGUUUUAUCUUCACUGCAUGUAUAGACAUAUCUGUUGCAAUACCUUUUUAAAGUAAAUUUACCAGAAGCACAUACACGCAUAUACACACAUAUACACAGACAUUCACACACUCACACAUACAUGAGUAAUGCUAAUUCACAAAUACGCACAAACAUACACACGCACACACGCACGCACGCACGCACAGUCACAUGGGCUUGAUCACUCAUCUCAUUCAAUAUUUUCACAUUUGAGACCAGUUAUUUUUAGUUUUAAUGUCUGAUUUGUUAAAUUCUUACAAUCAUUAAUAAACUCCACUCAUAAAUUUAGUUUCAUUCAUUUUUACAAGCGCGUUUUAUAUUAGAUCUGUUUUUCUUCUGUCCAUCUAUAAGUUAUUCCUCUCAUUUAUUUAUUUAUUCAUUCACUCAUUCAUUCAUUUUUUCAUCUGAAAAGUAAUUGAAAAUGAAAAGAUAUAUUGGUUGGUCUACCUAUCAAUUUAUUUGUAAAUCGAACAAUUGUUUAUAUAUAUAUAUACCAAAAAUAAUUUAACACGUUUCAUUUAACCAACUAAUUAAUGGGCAAUUAAUUAAUUAACGGAGUAGUUAAUUAAUUAAUCAAUUAACUGCCCGGAACUUCUCACAUUUUCCAUUUUGUUUUGAUAACUGCUUAGUUUUCUAAUUGAAACAUUCCAAGGGAUGAUAAUUCACAGCGUCGUUUGACAUUUCAUGGUAACAGGUGAACACACCAAACCACACAAAUACCAAAUUCCAUAUAUAACACUUCACGUUUGUACUACUGGCUUAUACUCGGUGCUAUCUUACUACGCUAACAAAAAAUUCAAUACUCAAGAUGUACCUACCCUAAAUUUAGUACACACACACACAAACUACAAUAGUAGGAUACAUUUGAUGUUGGUACACACACAGUAGCAUACAAUCCGAACCGUAUACCAUCUAUCAUACAAUACUUAAUUCUAGUACAAUGUAAUUCUGAACAAUCCGAUCUUCCAAACUUUUUUUAAAUUAUGUUAAUUUUAGUUUAAACAAUUCACUCAACCCCCACGGCGUUCAAACAUAUAAAUAUACAUAUGUAUAUAUAUACUUCAUGUAUAUAUAUACAAACUUUAUAUAUAUGUAUUUAUUACAAUGUAUCUAAAAUUGUUAUACGCUUGAUCAAUGCUUCUAAUUCUUAUAACUUUUUUAAACAAAUAAACACAGA